UUUUAAUGCCCGCUUUAAUGUCUUCUGUGAGUUAAUUAACCCUCUCCCUCCCUGCCCGGUACAACCCGUUUGUACUACACGCCUCCCCGGCGUCUGAUUAAAACAAAGCACAUUGUUCCAUAGUCAGUGCCACUUAUUAACUGAUUCUUUCAAACUCUUUCACCCCGAGCGUCUUUGUGGCCCCUGGAUCUUCAGAACCUCUCCCUCCCGGUCUCGUCCUCUAAAGGGUUAAACCAGAACAGCUGUAAAUAGCAGGUCUUGUCCAGCGAUCCAGGAGGAGUGAUGUGAAUUUGGCCCCCUCCUUCCCCAGCCCCUGCUAAAAUGAGCCUAGUUGGGGAGGAGGGCUGGCUGCUUGGGGAGGGGGAGUGUGAGUAGAAAGUACGGGGAAGGAGCACAAGUCCUGGCAGCUGGAUGCUCACGUUUAGAUCGCAGCGAGCUCCCUACUUGCCCUGCUGGAUUAGCGGCUGCAGGAGAGCGAUCCCAACCGGCAACGCAGCGUUUUACCCCGGAGAUCGCUCCAGUUCCAGCGCUCGGCGUUCCCCCAGCAUCUGAGAUGUUCCUGUGUGGGGUUUGGGGCAGAAGGCAGGACCUCGGACAGCUCCUCCUGGUUCUGCUCACUUGCUGCCCGGCUUGGGCUUCCAGCCAGAUCCGCUACUCGGUGCCCGAAGAGCUGGAACACGGAGCGUUCGUGGGGAACAUCGCGGAGGACUUGGGGCUGGACAUCUCCAAGCUGUCUCCCCGGCGCUUCCGAAUCGUGUCCGGCACCAGCAAGCAGCACCUGGAGGUCAACCUGGAGAAUGGGAUCCUGUUCGUCAACGAGAAGAUCGACAGGGAGGAAGUUUGCGAGCUGCAGCCCGUGUGUUCCCUCCAUCUGCAGGUGGUGUUGGAGAACCCCCUGGAGCUGUACCGGGUGGAGGUGGAGGUGCUGGAUAUCAAUGACAACGCUCCGAGCUUCCCUUGGCACGACUAUGUGCUGGAAGUGACCGAGUCGGCUGCGCCCGGUGCCCGCUUCCCUCUGGAGAGCGCCCAGGACCCAGACGUUGGCACCAACUCUCUAAGGACUUACAAACUCAGCCCCAAUGGCUUCUUCUCCCUGGAAGUGCAGAGCAGGAGCGACGGCAGCAAAUUCGCCGAGCUUGUCCUGGAGAGACCUCUGGACAGGGAGCAGCAGAAGACCCACAGGGUUCUCCUUACUGCCAUGGACGGGGGGUUGCCCGAGAGGUCUGGCACCGCUUUGGUGACUGUCAGUGUGCUGGAUGCCAAUGAUAACGUACCCACAUUUGACCAGUCUUUCUAUCGGGUGAGUCUGUAUGAAAACGUUCCAAAGGGGACCUUGGUGAUCAAGCUGAAUGCCACCGACCUGGACGAGGGCACCAAUGGGGAGAUCGAAUACUCCUUCAGCGGCCAUGCACCUCAGAAGGUGAGGGACCUGUUCCUGGUGGAGCCCCGGAGCGGGCAGGUAAGGGUGAAGGGGGUUCUGGAUUACGAGAAGUCCAACCUAUACGAGCUGUAUGUUCAGGCCAAGGACAGGGGCCCCUCGGCGGUAGCGGUGCACUGCAGGGUCCUAGUUAACCUGUUGGAUGUCAAUGACAAUGCCCCAGAGAUCAUCCUCACCUCCGUGUCCACCCCGGUUAUGGAAGAUGCCUCCCCGGGGACUGUCAUUGCUGUCAUCAGCGUCAUGGACAGGGACUCAGGGGACAACGGGGAGGUCAACUGCGAGAUCCCCCAGAACGUCCCCUUCCAGCUGCACUCGUCCUACAAGAACUACUACACCCUGGUGACUACCGAGCUGCUGGACCGGGAGGUGCUGUCCGAGUACAACAUCACUAUCAGUGCCCGGGACUUCGGCUCCCCCCCGCUCCUCACCAAGAAAGUCAUUAAUGUGCAAGUGACCGAUAUUAACGAUAACACCCCCACCUUCCUGCAGCCCUCCUAUACCGUGUAUGUGCUGGAGAAUAACCCCCCGGGGGCCUCCAUUUGCUCGGUCACCGCCUUGGACCCUGACUGCAAGCAGAAUGCCUAUUUGUCUUAUUCCAUUAUGGAGGGGCAGAUUCAGGGGAUGCCGGUGUCCACCUAUGUGUCCAUUAACUCGGACAGCGGCAACAUCUACGCGCUGCGCUCCUUUGACUACGAGCAGAUCAGGAACUUCCAGAUCAGGGUUCAAGCCCAGGACGCCGGCUUCCCGCCUUUGAGCAGCAAUGUCACCAUCAAUGUGUUUAUUCUGGAUCAGAAUGACAAUGCCCCUGUGGUUGUGUCCCCCUUGCCCAAGAAUGGCACCGUGGCCACCGAUGUGAUCCCUAGAUCGGCAGACCCGGGCUACCUGAUUGGCAAAAUCGCAGCCACGGAUGCCGACUCUGGGCAGAACUCGCGUCUGUCCUACCAGAUCAUCCAAGCCACUGACUCUACGCUCUUUAGCAUUGCAUUGUACACAGGGGAGCUAAGGACUAUCCGUGUCAUAACGGACCGAGAUGCCACCAAGCACAGGCUGCUCAUCCAGAUCAGAGACAAUGGGCAGCCUGCCCUCUCUACUUCGGUUUCCAUAGUCCUCACUGUGGUAGACAGCAUGCCAGAGAGCCACUCUGAAUUUAACGAUGUGCCUUUAAAUUCAGACCCUGCCACAUCCUCCCUCACUCUGUAUUUAAUAGUGUCCCUUGGCUCCGUGUCCUUCACUUUCCUGGUGGCUAUAAUUGUCCUCACCGUCAUUAAAUGUCACAAAGACAGGCUCUCCCUGCAGGAUUACAAGUGUUCCCUCCCUACCUGUUGCUGCAUGAGAUCUGAAUCGUCUGGAGGGGUCUUUAAAAACUCAAAUAUCAACUUACAGAUCUCCUCUGGGAAUAAAGUGCAGACCAACUGCAUGGAGACAACAGGUAGUGCGCCUCCAAAUUAUUGUUACAAGGUGUGUCUGACCCCGGAAUCGGCCAAAAGCGACUUCAUGUUCCUAAAACCCUAUAACUCCAGCACACAAAACAAUGAAAAGCUUCCCGAAAAGGUGGCCCCUGGCAGGACUGGGCAUGCAGUUAACAAAGCAGUCAACGAGAUCAAACUUCCCAAUACCGACUGGUCCCCUCAAAAGGAGCAGAAGCCAAGCCUGAAAAGUUCUCAGAGUCUUGAAGACCUUGGGACUCGAAAGGGUUCAAAAAAAGACCACGACAGACUACGUACACUAGUUUCCCCUGUCACUGAUAUAAAAAAGAAGACCUCAGAAUCAAAUGGAGUGUGGAGCCCUAAGUAUGGCCUACAGUUCCAACAACAUGUGCCAAGCCUGGACUAUCAGCAUAAUGUUUAUAUUCCUGGGACACCUACGUUACUGGCCAACAAACAAGGCGUGUUUGAGGAGAAAAACAGUUUUUCCACUUUUGGAAAGAAGAGAAGAAUGUCGUGUUAUGGGGAAGUACGGGAUGAUAUGAUGAUCAACAAUGACUUGAAAUGAACAGGGAUCUAAUGGCAAGAGAUGAAACACUUUGGUUGGACAACUAAGAACCUCCAUGGUUAAAAAGCCUGUGUUACAGCUUGCUGGGAACCCUGUCUGAACUCUUCUCCCGGACGUCGGCAUUGUGUGAUGAGCUUGAAAAGCGCACACUGUGACAGGCCGCAAUCUAUAACGUGCAAUAGAAAAGGAUAUCUGAAAUUAACUUGAGCACUUGAAAUUAAAGUACUUUCGAUAAAAUAAUGAAUGGGGCCAAAAAAAAAACCACCUAGAAGACAAUAAUAAGAAAAAAAAAAUAAAUGCUAGGGAACUGGUGUGCUGAGUUAAUAGGCAGGAUGCAAUUUCACGUGGUGAAACAGUUUCAAUGUGGGUGAGAAUGAAAGAAUUGUCUGUGUGUAAAAAGCAAUUUUCUCCAUCUGCAGUCAACCGCAAGACUUUCUUGAAGACUGAUGUGAAUGAGGAGGCAUCCAUUCUGAAAUGUCAUUUCUACUUGUAGCCGUUGGCGAUUUUCAUUUAGUGACAGCUCUGUCCUUCAUUGUUAAUAUGUGAAUGUACUCAGUGGAACUAUAUAUAUAUAUAUAUUUUUGUUAGUGCUGUCUGUUGUGUACGCGUUCUGCAGAUGGAGAAGAUCUGCCUAGCAAUCUAUACCUCUGGAAUGAGUGAAAGAUUCUUAAUACGAUUACCUGUCGGCGCAUCUGCGUGGAUGUGUAUAUAUCUCUCAUUUUUAACUCGGUGACAUUUUUAACUAACACUUGUGUUGAAGAGAACUGUACUCACUGUGAUGUUCAAGUUAAUAUGCAAAAAUAUUUUAUCCGUUAGAAAAUAGCAAAAUAUUCUGAAACAAACGUAUGUUAUAAAUACCAAAAACAGAGGCCAAAAUACUAUAAAUAUUAAGCGCGUGGUGAGAAAUAAGAGGUGAGUUCAACCAGCAAAGCUUGCAAUCUCACUAGCAAUGAGGGCAUGGCGCCACCAGAACAGAUAGAGAACGUGGAUCUCUAAUGGACUGCAGUUAGAAUGGAGGGAGUCCAGGGCAUAAAACGAUCCAAGAAACCUACUGAAACCAGCAGUUCUCCAGGUAUUGGGGUUCUACAUUUUUCAGCUGCUGGAGAGACCGGCAUUUGUAGAUGUGCAGCAGCUUUAGGUCCACUGGUUGGAUUUUUAAUAAAAACAGUAGUUGUGUACUGUAUAUGGCCAUAAACAUAGAAGAAGGACGGGCAUUUUAAGCAAUUGGGAAACUCAUGGCAAAUGAUGGGACUGUUUUCAGAUUAUGUAAUAAAAAAGCACUAAGUUUGCCCAAUCAAUAGGCAGAAUUUUGUUGGUCACCUGUUUAAAACAUCUUAUUGGUUGCUAUGGGUUACUGCUCUUGGGCAAAGUUAGUGCCUUUUAUUACAUAUUGGGAAUAGUCUUUUGCUCUGGAAUAUGAUGGCCAUUAUUAUUAUUAUUAUUAUUAUUAAAAAGCGUACAGGAAUUAGACGGAGAACAGGAUGAUACGUGCAUUCAGCUCAAAAGCAUAACAGCGAUGUUGCAUUGACUGCAAACUGAUAUUCAGUUUGAUUCCAUCCUAUGGAAGCAGUUUCCUAUUAACUACUUACUGUCAAGCCUGUCAGUGUCAGGGCUAUAGCCAUAUUAAUAGAAUGUUAAUACAGUCAGGCAUAUGUAUUUACACCAGUGCAGUAGCAAUCAGAAAUUUGUUUUUGUAUGUGUAAUCAUGCAACACCGCUCAAUCUUAACUGCUUAUUGGUUGCUACAGGAUACAGCAUACCUCCCAGAAUUCCCAGUAUAAAAAUCAAGAUAUUCUUGGUUACACCUGGAAUUUGCAACGCCAUACCUGAUCCUCUCAGUAACACCCAUAUCUGUCAUUACCUUAUGCCUCUGUGAUAUACUACAUUCCAUCCCUAUACCCUUGUGAUAGGCUACAGCCUAUUCUCCCUUAUGGCCCUGGUAACUGAGAUUGUACCACUAAGGGCUAAGGCAGACCAGUCAGUUUGACCACUUAGGUGCUCUCUGUGAGAUCUUUAGUGCUCAAAAUGUCCUUUCUCUCCAGUCACAGCUUAACUUUCAAAGGAAGAGGAAAUGGUUUCUUCCUAGUGUUGGUCAGCAAUGACCAAAGUAAGUUGUACGCAAUGAGUAGUCCCUGCCCAUCACUGCAGGGGUCUGCCAUCUAUCUAUCUAUGGAUCUAUCAUCUAUCUAUCUAUCUAUCCAUCCAUCCAUCUAUCUACCUA